AUGGGAACUUCACUUCUUCUUCAACCCAACGACUCAUCUUCCAUCGUCACACACCCUAACUCUAACCAGAGUACCCGGAGAAAUCGGUUACCGACCACCGUGAACCCUAGCUCGCAGGAUGGAAAUCGUACCCACUCCGGCGGUGAUCGAAACUGCACUGUGAAACACCCUGGAUUGAAUCUUGUGAUGGGUCAGGUGAAGAUUCUCAAGAGAGGAGAGAAGCUGAGUCCUGGCAAUGUGAUAAAGAGUGAGGGUGAGGCAUGUUAUGAUUCGAUGUUAGGAUCAACUGAUAGGUUUGGUCCAGAUCCUCAGACGAUGAAGAAGGAGGUUAGGGUUCAUGAUUUGAUGGAGGGACUCUAUGCAGGACUGACUGUUUCGUCGCCUCCGCCGAGUUCGGUACCGGUUCCGGGGUUUCUUGGAAUGCAAAGAGGCGCUGAUGAUUUUGUGGUUUCUUUGUUUAAGUGA